AUGGUCCAACUUCCGGAGAGACAAACCGCCCUUACCUUCGGAAACGAUGGAAACUUACACGUCUCCCAUGAUGCUCAGGUAGCGCAACUCAAGCCCGAUAUGAUCAUUGUGAAAACUGCAGUGGUAUCAGUAAAUCCUGUGGAUACCAAGAUGGAAGCUGGAUUCUCCAAACCUGGCCUGAUUGGGGGAUGUGACUUUGCGGGAGUUGUUGUGGCGGUGGGUUCAGGGGUUAAACGAGACGUCAAGGUUGGAGACCGAAUUAGCGGAGCAGUGAUGGGAUCGGAUCCACUCGACCCCUCGUCUGGUGCUUUUGCAACCUAUGUCAGCGCACCUGCGGAUAUAACUCUUACCCUCCCUGAGAACGUUCCCUGGUCCAUCGGUGGGGCUAUGUCCACUAUCUGGUUCACUGCUGGUCAAGCUUUGUUUCAAAAUCUCUUGUCAGAGCUUGAUGUCUGGCCUAUACUCCGCCCUGCUAAGGAGCCCAAAACUGUCCUUGUGUAUGGGGGAAGCACUUCGGUAGGCACAACUGCAAUUCAACUUCUCAAGCUUGCAGGCCUCCGUCCUAUUACGACGUGCUCUCCAAAAAACUAUGAACUGGUCAAGAGUUAUGGAGCGGAAGAGGUGUUCGAUUAUCGCUCACCGUCAUGCGCGGAAGACAUCAAGAAGGCCACCAGGAACAACCUGAAAUAUGCACUAGACUGCAUCUCAACGAAGAGCUCAAUUGAUAUUUGUUAUGGUGCCAUUGGCCGUGCUGGUGGCCACUAUACCUCCCUUGACCCCUUUUGGGAAUCAACAGCAAAUACUAGAAAGGCCAUCAAGGCCACUUGGAUUGUAGGAAUAUCUAUGUUGGGUAAAGAUAUUGCUUGGCCACCGCCUUAUGAAAGGCCCGGAAAUGAGGAAACGAGAGCAUUUGGUGGCAAGUUGGCUCAAAUCCUCCAAAAUAUACUCGAUGAGAAGAAGAUGCGGCCCCAUCCGCUGAGGGUUAAAGAAAAGGCAACAUGGGAGGACGUGCUUUCUGGCCUGGACGAGGUGAAAUCAGGACAAGUAUCAGGGGAGAAGCUUGUUUUCGUGUUUUGA